UGGAUAAUUUUUCCAGCUCUUUUGAGAUGAAAUUGGAUCCAGAGGGGGAAAAGGAAGGAAAGUUCUCUCUUUUAUGUUCUACCGAAAAUCAGAAAUCAAACCCAAUUAAAUAAAGCGAAAAAAGUCGGCAUUUUUUGAAAAAGAAACCAUUCCUGUUUGGAUUCUCUUCUUCGUAGAGAGCUUUGAUCUCAGUCGAGCACGGUUUCUGAAGGAGAUACGUCGUAGUCUGAUAUUUCCUCUGAUCUCUCUCUAUCUCUCCUCCUCGCAUUUUGGAAUUCAUUCCUCCGUCCAUCCCCCCGUUGCCGGACAAAAAAUGGAUAGCUGCUCUACUCAGCUUAUUGAUGGAGAUGGUACCUUCAAUGUUACUGGGCUUGAUCAUUUCAUCAAGGAUGUUAAACUGGCAGAAUGUGGUCUUUCAUAUGCCGUUGUCUCGAUUAUGGGUCCACAAAGCAGCGGAAAGAGCACAUUGUUGAACAAUUUGUUCGGAACAAACUUCAGGGAAAUGGACGCAUUUAAAGGAAGGUCUCAGACGACUAAGGGGAUUUGGCUUGCAAGAUGCACUGGAAUUGAGCCCUGCACUCUUGUGAUGGAUUUAGAGGGUACUGAUGGAAGAGAGCGUGGAGAGGAUGAUACGGCUUUUGAGAAACAGAGUGCUCUUUUCGCACUUGCUGUCUCAGACAUAGUUCUUAUAAACAUGUGGUGUCAUGAUAUUGGUCGUGAACAAGCAGCGAACAAGCCUCUUUUAAAGACUGUUUUCCAAGUCAUGAUGCGGUUGUUUAGUCCACGGAAAACCACUUUAAUGUUUGUCAUACGAGAUAAAACACGGACUCCUUUGGAGAAUUUAGAACCUGUUCUGAGGGAAGACAUUCAGAAGAUAUGGGAUUCUGUUCCUAAGCCUCAAGCACACAAAGACACCCCACUAAGUGAAUUUUUCAAUGUUGAAGUAGUCGCUCUCUCUAGUUAUGAAGAAAAGGAAGAGCAAUUCAAAGAGCAGGUUGCUAAUUUGAGACAACGGUUCUUCCACUCUGUUGCACCUGGGGGACUUGCUGGUGACCGACGGGGAGUAGUCCCUGCUUCGGGUUUUGCUUUUAGUUCAGAACAAAUCUGGCGGGUCAUUAAAGAGAACAAAGACUUGGACCUUCCGGCUCACAAGGUCAUGGUUGCAACUGUACGGUGUGAGGAAAUUGCCAACGAAAAGUUUUCUCAUUUCACCGCAAACGAGGAAUGGCGUCAGCUAGAAGAAGCUGUGCAGUCCACUCCUGUUUCCGGGUUUGGAAAGAAGCUGAGUUCAAUUCUCGAGUCUUGCUUGUCAGAGUAUGACACUGAAGCCACAUACUUCGACGAAGGUGUGAGAUCUGCCAAACGACAGCAGCUGCAAGAGAAAUUAUUGCAACUUGUUCAACCAGCUUUCCAAGAUGUGCUUGGACACAUGAGAUCUGGAACACUUGAUAACUUCAAGGUUGCUUUUGAGAAGUCCUUGAACGCAGGAGAAGGGUUUUCUUCCGCUGCUCAUGCCUGUGCUCAAUCUUGCAUGUCUCAGUUUGAUGAAGGAUGUGCCGAUGUUGUCAUUGAGCAAGCAAACUGGGAUACAUCUAAAACUCGGGAAAAGCUUUGGCGUGAUAUUGAUGCUCAUAUUGCAUCUGUUCGUGCAGCAAAGCUGUCUGAACUGACUACACUGUAUGAGUCGAAACUGAAUGAAGCAUUGUCUGGACCUGUGGAAGCUCUCUUAGAUGGAGCUCAUGAUGAAACAUGGCCAUCAAUAAGAAUGCUACUGAGAAGGGAAACAGAAUUGGCUGUCUUUGGCCUCUCUGAUGCAUUAUCUGGUUUUGACAUGGACGAAGAAUCAAAGAGUAGAAUGCUGAGUGCCCUUGAGAACUAUGCAUGUGGUAUUGUUGAAGCCAAGGCAAAGGAAGAAGCUGGAAGGGUGUUGAUGCGGAUGAAGGACAGAUUUGCAACAAUCUUCAGCCACGAUGCUGAUUCAAUGCCACGUGUAUGGACCGGGAAGGAAGACAUCAGAGCAAUCACUAAGAUGGCCCGUUCUUCGUCCUUGAAGCUGUUGUCUGUCAUGGCUGUAACCCGGUUGGAUGAUGAACCUGAUAAUAUUGAGAAGACAUUGUCACGUGCUUUUGUCGAUUCUUCGAACAACAACGCUGCUAGCACAAGCAUUACCACAUUUGAUCCACUCGCUUCAAGUACUUGGGAGCAGGUUCCACAAUCAAAGACAUUGAUCACUCCUGUCCAAUGUAAAUCGUUGUGGAGGCAAUUCAAAACCGAGACACAGUAUACUGUUACACAAGCCAUUUCUGCUCAGGAAGCUAACCGGCGGAAUAACAACUGGUUACCGCCUCCAUGGGCAAUCCUUGCACUGGUUGUUCUGGGAUUCAAUGAAUUUAUGACUCUCUUAAGAAAUCCUUUGUACAUUGGUUUCCUUUUCGUCGGUUAUCUUAUUGCCAAAGCUCUUUGGGUGCAAUUAGACAUUUCUGGAGAAUUUCGCAAUGGGGCGCUACCUGGGCUUAUCUCCAUAUCAACCAAGUUACUUCCCACUGUCAUGAACCUUCUCAAAAAGCUCGCGGAAGAAGGACAAGCUCCACCAAUGAAUCCUCAAACUCAGUCCAAGGUUACAACUAACGGCGUCAGUAGCAGCGUCGGUUCGUCCUCGUCAAGCGGCAUCUCGACAGAAACAGUUUCCGACCACACGAAAGAUGACUAGACAAGGCGAGCGUUCACCCAUUAAGAUGAGAUUUCGAAUCUUCGUUCCCUCCAAAAGGGUGCCUCUCUUUCGUGAAUACAAGACUUCGAAUCGUCAUCCCCUCCAAAAGGGUACCUCCCUUUCAGUAUGAUCCGGGAGAUCCAGAGCGUUUUGAUCUGAGAGAGACAUAUUUUCAUCUCCCGAGGCAUCGGUUUUUACUGCAGAUGCUGGGGGGUGGGGAAUAGAUACUGUUUUUUCUGUACCGAUGUGGUUUUAUUGUAUCUGAGGAAAGAAUGUUCCUGUAAGAAACGGGGGUUCGGUUUUGUGUGUUCCAACUUCCAAGAUUUCUGUUGCAGAUGCGGUUUCUUGUGUCUCAAGAAAGUACAUUCUUGAAGAAACCUGUUUGAGUUUUGUUUUGUCAACUUGAGAUUUUUUUGUC